AUGUUGCCUGAAGAUGCUGCCUUAGACUUACUCCGCCGGUUGAACCCCAAGGACAUUUCAAAAAAUUUGGACGCCAUUCUAGCUGUAGCCCCCGAUCUGGCUGAUGUUCUUCUUUCUUCCGUAGAUCAACCAUUGCAAGUUAGUAGUUGCUCUGAAUCUGGUAACCAGUAUCUGCUUUGUGACUUUAACCGUGAUGGUGAUUCCUAUCGUUCUCCCUGGACAAACAAAUACGACCCUCCUUUGGAGGAUGGCCUCGUUUCCAGCGAUCGUGUGAGAAAGCUAGAGUCGGAUCUCAAUGAAGCGAUGCGGGUCUAUCUAGAUUUAUACUAUGAAGGCGGUGUUAGUAGCGUUUAUUUAUGGGACCAAGAUGAUUCCUAUGCCGGCGCCGUACUUAUCAAAAAAGCUUCCAGCUCUGGCAGCUGCGGUUGGGAUUCUAUUCAUGUCUUUGAAUGUUUGCCCACAUCGGAAACGGAUGUUUUUGACUAUCGUUUAACUAGUACUAUCAUCCUUUACCUCGGAUCGGACCAACAUUCGUCUCUUGUCUCUGGGGCCUUGAAUCUCUCUGGCCAUUUAACUCGCCAAACUUCGCAGCGCAUGCCUGCAAGUGAGCAGGACGGCGAAGUCGGCAACAUUGGUCGUUUAGUUGAAGAGAUGGAAACCCGUAUGCGCAACUUCCUUCAAGAAGUUUAUUUUGAUAAAACAAGAGACAUCAUUAAUCAAACUCGCUCUAUGCAACCCAUUUCUGAAAAUCCCGACAAAAUGGCUCUCCGUUCGGUUUUGAAGAAUCUUUCUAACUAA